AUGAACGGAUUCUGUAAUAACAAGGCAUUUUACUGCCAUCUACUGGUUGACCCCAGGAAACUAAGGGGCAAGAUGUCUGCUUUUGCCUUCUUUGUGCAGACGUGCAGAGAAGAGCAUAAGAAAAACCCAGAGGUCCCUGUCAAUUUUGCAGAAUUUUCCAAAAAGUGCUCUGAGAGGUGGAAGACAAUGUCUGGGAAAGAGAAAGAGUCUAAAUUCGAUGAAAUGGCAAAGGCGGAUAAAGUACACUAUGAUAGAGAAAUGAAGGAUUAUGGACCAGCUGAGGGAGGCAAGAAGAAGAAGGAUCCUAAUGCCCCCAAAAGGCCACUGUCUGGAUUCUUCCUGUUCUGUUCAGAAUUCUGCCCCGAGAUCAAAUCCACAAACCCUGGCAUCUCUAUUGGAGAUGUGGCAAAAAAGCUGGGUGAGAUGUGGAAUAACUUAAAUGACAGUGAAAAGCAGCCGUAUGUCACUAAGGUGGCAAAGCUGAAGAAGUAUGAGAAGGAUGUUGCUGACUAUAAGUCAAAAGGAAAGUUGGAUAGCGCAAAAGGUCCUGCUAAAGUUGCCUGGGAAAAGAUGGAAGAAGAAGAAGAUGAGGAGGAAGAGGAGAAGGAGGAUGAAUAAAUAAACUUCGCCUGUCAAAAAAAAAGGUGAUAUCCUUCUGCAGGGCAAAAUUCAUCCAACUAAAUGUGGGUUUUGCUCCAUCACCCAGGCUGGAAUGCAGGAAUGGAAACAUGGCUCACUGCAACCUCAACCUCCUGGGCUCAACUGAUCCUCCCACCUUAGCCUCCUGGGUAGCUGGGACCACAGGUAUGUGCUGCCACACCUGGCUUGUUUAUUCAUUUAUUUUUAAACUUUGAGACAGGAUCUCAUCUGUCACCCAGGCUGGAGUACAGUGGUACUAAUGUGAUUUCACUUAUUUUGGAUGAAUAUCCAGAAGUGGAAUUACUGGCUCAUAGGGUAAUCCUAUGUUUAACUUAUUUUUUCCUUGAGACUGGGUCUUGCUAUGUUGCCCAGGGUGGACUCAAACUCCUGGGUUCAAGUGAUCCUCCUGCCCUAGCCUCCCAAGUAGCUGGGAUUACAGGGGCGCCUA